ACCAGAAGAAUCAAAAGGGUUCAUUAAAAGUGUGGCAAAAUUGCGAAUACAAAAGAGUAUGAGCUGCAAAAUGCAGCGGAGAAAAUCAAUCCAUCCUCUGCCGGAUCGUCACCUACAGUGAAACUUAUGGAGAAUCAACUGAACAGUACAGCGCCAUUGAUAUCCAACUUGGAAUCCGCCGAACUCCACCCUGCACCUUCAAGUUUGAUUAGUGAGGGAGGAGACUAUCCUCCUAUACAAAGUUUUGAAGAUGCGAAAAACAUAUGUUUCAUUGAGUCCUCCAAGCUAUGGGCAAUUGCUACUCCUAUUGCAUUCAAUAUUUGGUGCAAUUAUGGAAUUAACUCAUUUACUAAUAUCUUCGUUGGCCAUAUUGGAGACAUCGAGCUUUCAGCUGUUGCCAUUGCUUUAUCUGUCGUUGCAAACUUCUCUUUUGGCUUCAUGCUUGGGAUGGCAAGUGCACUAGAGACGCUAUGUGGGCAGGCAUUUGGUGCAGGACAAAUAGACUUACUUGGUGUAUACAUGCAGCGAUCAUGGAUAAUCCUAUUUGGAGCCUGCUUUGCCCUGUUGCCUCUCUACCUGUACGCCACACCAAUCCUAAAACUCCUUGGGCAAGAGCAUGACAUUGCAGACCUAGCUGGGGAAUUCACCAUGCAAGUUAUACCUCAAAUGUUCUCAUUAGCUAUCAAUUUCCCAACCCAAAAGUUCCUACAGGCACAGAGCAAGGUUGGAAUCUUGGCGUGGAUAGGUUUCGUGGCCUUGUUCGGACAUAUUGUGAUAAUUUAUCUAUUUGUCAAUGUGUUCAAGUGGGGUACCGCUGGUGCCGCUGCCGCUUAUGACAUCUCAGCUUGGGCGAUUUCUGUGGCUCAAGUCGUUUAUGUGGUAGGUUGGUGCAAGGAGGGUUGGACCGGAUUGUCUUGGUUAGCCUUCAAGGAUCUUUGGGGUUUUGUCAAACUUUCUGUAGCUUCAGCUGUGAUGCUUUGCUUAGAGAUUUGGUAUUUCAUGAUGAUAAUUGUUCUUACCGGUCACCUUGACGAUCCUGUCAUUGCAGUUGGGUCUCUUUCUAUCUGCAUGAACAUUAACGGCUGGGAAGGCAUGUUAUUUAUAGGAAUAAACGCUGCUAUAAGUGUUAGAGUCUCCAAUGAGCUUGGGUCGGCACAUCCUAGAGCCGCAAAGUAUUCUGUCGUUGUCACGGUUGUAGAAUCUCUUCUUAUAGGAUUACUUUCUGCAGUCAUCAUCCUGGCAACCAGAAACAAAUUUUCCAUCAUCUUCACAGAUAGUAAAGAGAUGCAAAGGGCCGUAGCACAUUUAGCUCAUCUUCUUGGUAUAACCAUGGUGCUAAACAGUGUCCAGCCAGUUAUAUCAGGUGUCGCUGUGGGAGGAGGUUGGCAAGCCUUGGUAGCUUAUAUAAACUUGUUCUGUUAUUACAUCAUUGGUCUCCCCCUUGGGUUUCUUCUCGGUUAUCAUUUCCAAUUUGGAGUGGAGGGCAUUUGGGUGGGAAUGAUAUUUGGGACUUUCUUGCAGACAUUAAUCCUCUUGUUUAUUAUCUAUAAAACCAACUGGAACUCAGAGGUUGAACAGGCAUCUGAAAGAAUGCGGCAAUGGGGAGCAGAGCUCAACGACAAUCAUGGAUCUAACCUUCCCAACUGAAAAAUUGGGCCUUUUUUUUUUUGCCUUGCCUGGAACUUCUUUGGACAAUUUUUGUGCUCCUAGAAAUGCCUAAGUACUUAGGCAUUUUGCUUUUGCUUUCUUGUUUUUUUUUUUUGGAUUGCUUUGUUUUAGAGCAAAGUAUAGUUUCUCUUAGCCGCAGAAGAGUACAUGCCAAUAUGUACAGCUAGCUUGGCUAGAUUAAUAUGUUAGGAAAAAAAAAAUUGUACACUAAACCGAAGAUUAAGACGCCAAUUUCUAUAAACAGAAUAAUAUUGUAAUCAAAUUACGUAA